UCAUGACGGGCCACAAACAAGGUGAGACCAAGUUCCAUGCUCUGUAUCCUCUUCACACUUCAUUGUUUAUUUCCUAAAAACUACCUACCCAAUUCAAGAAUUGCUCAAUUGUACAAAACAGAAUAGGUUGCAACGAUGACCACCUACAUACCCUCACUCACGAUCCCCUCGGGGAUCCUCCUCAACCCGGCCACCUCCAUUCUCCUCCCCGUGGCUCUGGGAACCGCCGUUGGAUUCUCAUCGAGACCCCGUGAGAACCAAAAUAACUACAUGGCCCUCAAGCAGCCUCCCUGCCGCCCACCCCCCGAGAUAUUCGGCCCCCUCUGGGCCCUCUUCUACGGCCUCAUGGGCUACGGCGCCUUCCGCGCCUGCAACUCCGGCCUCUCCCCCCUCCGCUCCCCCAACGUCAUCCAAGCAACCAAGCACGGAGCAACGCUCUACACGAUCCAGCUGGGUCUGAAUCUCAUCUGGAUGCCGCUGUUCUUCGUAGCUAAGCGCCCUAUCGAAGCAACCGUUGAUAUCCUCGCGCUCACUGGUACAGUCGGAUAUAUGACGUACCUCUGGGGCAAGGUUGAUGCGGUGGCGGGGUGGUGCAUGGUUCCUUAUUUGGGGUGGUUGUGCUAUGCUUCUUAUUUGAGUGUUGGGGUUGGGUAUUUGAAUAACUGGGAUUUGUCGGAUAAGACUGUUGAUUCCCCGCCGUCGUCGAAGCCGGGACACACUAAGUUUGUUGAUGAGAAGCCUUAGGAUGGAUGUAUGCUACCGCUGGAUGUGAUACGAGACGGAAAGGGAAGGGAAGGGACGGAUUAAUUGGAAAUUGGACUAUUUGUGGUAUUUAGGGGAAACAAAAUGUAUCGUCAGUGGCUUUAUUCCUGUCAUUACUGUAGAUUAGGCUUUGUUGGAAAAUAAAUGUA